UUAGGUAAUGUUGCCAACCGAUGUCUUUUUAUGUUUUACCACAAAGUAAAAAAAAUGAAGGAUUAUGAAUUUCUUUCAAAUAUCGACAAUAAGGAAAUACUUACAGAAAUUUUGAAUAACUCUAUAGAUUUUCUAAUCGGAAAUCAAGAUGAGCAACAGACUAUGCGGCUUUGUCACAAAUAUGGAUUCCAUAACCCAGACGAUUUCUUGCUAGCCACUCGUAGUAUAGCAAAACUUUACCGUAAUAUGUGUUAUGCUGACCAAGAAUCGCAUGUUGCCAUGUUGCCUCCUGAUUUACAAACCAUUGUUCCAGCAGUGCUUCUGUCCCGUCGCGAAGAGGUUAUUUGUUUUCUUAUGCGAGAACAGAAUGCAAUUGAAUGUCCAUUGGUUGAAUCCUUCGACUGGGACGUGCGCCACAUCUUGGGCGACAGUAGUUUUGACCAAAACUAUAGAACAUUGACAACUAUUUCUUUUCGGCUAUGUAGUGAGGCAUCAAAGAGAAAGGAGCGCAAGCAAUUGCAUUUUCAAUUUGACCGCAAUAAAUUAGAAGACGUUAUAAAUGCUUUGGAAUCAGCAGUGAAGAACGAAAGUCAUUAAAAAUUAUUUAAUUAACUUAACUAUAUACCAAUUAUAGGCCACCAUGGAGUAAAGAUUAGCAUAGUCGCCUGUGGUACGCUUUCGUUCGAAUUUUGGCGAGAACGUAUGAAACAUAUUCAGUGAUGGUGAUUUUUUUAAAGUCAAUCGUUCGACUUAAAAAACUAUUCUGCUCAAAAUCCAUCUCAAAAAAAAAUUGCAACCUGCUCGGAUUUUACUCUUUUCAACCUUGGAACAUCUUGUGGUUUGCACGCGAAACAUAAAAAAAAAAUAAUCUCAACUAAAGUACAAAUAGACUUAACAGCCAAAGAAUGCUAAAAUAGCUAUAUCGACCUAGUUAGAUGUCUUACAUUUCACAUUCGUUGAGUAAAUUGAACAUUCCUUCAGUUGAAAACCAUAUACCUACUUAUUCUACGUUUUAGAGGAAAAUGGCAAAAUCGACUGACUAUAAUUUGAAGUACUUUUAAAAUAAAUCAGUAAACCGAUAUAUAUUUCUAUUUCUGCAAUAUACCGAACAAGGUUAUUCUUAAAUUGCUGAGAAGCAGCAGAAAAUUUUAAGAUCUGAUAGUUAAGAGUUCCAAUGUCUUAGAAACACGAAUUGCAAAUGACAGUACAUGAGUACGUCCAUGGAAGUGCUCAAUAAAGUUGCUAUCACACGAUAUGUUUGGUAUGUACUCCUAAGUUCAACAUGUACCAGUAGUCGGCAUUUAACACUAGGUUUUUCAAUUACAAAUGUAAUUGAAAAUAAAAAGAAAUAAAAAAAUUAAUCAAAUCAAUUAUUUUUUUGUAUGAAUCCAGACUUUCAUCCAAUUAUAAAGUUUUCAAUUAAAAAAUUAAUUGAUUCAAUAAUUUUGUUAAUUGAAUCUGAACAUAUUUUCUAUUACAAUCGUGAUUGAAAUUUGUGCCAUUUUGAAAAAAUUAAUUGAUUUUAUCAUUUAUUUUUUUACUUAAUCUGAAUCUGAAAAUAUUUUAAAUGAAAAUUGUGAUUGGCCACUUAAUCCGGAUUUACGGCCCUUUCGGACCUAAAUCCAAAUCAUAAAAAUUUCAAUGUAAACGUGGUAUCGGACCCAAUAAAAUGUACAGACGGAACCGUAUAAGUGAAACGCCAAAAAUACAAUAAUUUCGUUUCACACUUAUCCGAGAUUUUCAGAAUAUCGUAGUUCUGAUAAGUGAAGUAAGUUUCCUGCUAUGCGAUAUAAGCAUAAGUUCAAGCGAAUUUUCAAGUUAAGGUACAAAUAUGUAUGUUAAAGAUUAAACAUGUUUUAACUAGAA